CGCGUGGGGUAGAAAAGAUAAGAAAAAGGAAAAUAUAUUGAAGGUAAUUCAGCAUUCUCUUUCUGAAGAUUUCACCGCUUUCUAACUGAAAAAGAAUUCAUGGCUCGCCGUCGCCGGAAUUUUGUUGGAUACUUUUACCUGCCCUGCGGACGUAAGGAAUACCCCGUUAAGGAGGAUGGUUUUCUUGACCUCAGGUCAAAGGAGGAAUGUCCCGUUAAGAAUGAUCCUCUUGGCCCCAAGUCAACUGAGGAAUUCCAUGUGGAGAAUGAACUUCUUGAAUUCACAUUAGAGGAACUCAGUCGAUUUACCAGUCAAUUUUCUUCAAAGAAUCUUAUUGGACUCACCUACUUUGGAAAGCUCUAUCGUGGGAAAAUGCCUAUUGCUUCUGAUCAAGAUAAAGUUACUAAGGAUGUCACUGUCAAGAUUCUGGUUGAUGAUGAAAGGAACUAUGGGAUUCGUAUACAUGACGACGAACUACCAAGAUUGGAGGAUGAACUGAAAUUUUUGCAAGCUCCAAAGAUUAGGGGCAAUCCCAACUUAGUGAAAGUUGUUGGAUAUUGUCGCAAGGAGAUUGUGGGCGUUGUUUAUGACAUAAACCCACUUGACACAUUGCAUAACUUGAUUUUCCAAGAUGACUUCAAUUGGCUGCGGAGGGUCAAGACUGCCAUUGAAUUAGCUCGCUUGCUUGCUUAUCUGCAUGAUAGGAAUCAAUCAUACCUGAUUCGCAACUUCGCUCCAUCUCACAUAGUGGUUGACCAGAAUUUUACCCCAGUUCUAUUUGAGUUCGGUAUGUUAGUUGGAGGGGUUCUGGGUACUACAGUUGAUGAAUCAGAUAUGAGGCUUGGUCCUUUUGGCUACAAUGAUCCAUUCUAUGCUUACUAUGGUCCUGCUGCAUACAAUGUCAAGUCUGAUGUUUAUGCAUUCGGUAUUUCGCUCUAUAAUCUUCUAAGCAAGAGGGCUCUUGACAAGGAAAAAUAUACAGGGUGUGAAAUUGAUAAGUGGGCCGCGAAUGAGUACAAGCACAGGCGUUCAUAUGUCGACGAAAGUCUUGAGGAUGAUACCUACUUUGAUCGUCGGGAUGGACGUAAACUUACAGAACUUGCAAGACAGUGUAUGGAUGAUGAACAAAAGAAAAGACCAGAAAUGAAAGAAGUUUUUGAGCGUCUGAAGGGCCUUAGGUGUUGUGCGGCAGCACUAUUGUGAGAUAUAGGAUGUGUGAAGAAGAAAGCAGUUAUUUCUAUAAAAAUUAAUGUACAUCUUG